AUGACUUCCUCUUCCGCUGAUAAUAGAGCCGGGGGCUCAUCCAGUGCAAUUUCCUUCCAGGCAUUACUCUUCCAAUGGGGCGACAGUUACGACGCAAAAGACUGGUCUCGUUUGCGUAGCAUCAUCGCUCCAACCCUCUACGUCGACUACUCGAAAAUUGGCAAGGGUGUAUGGGAAACCAUGCCGGCAGACGACUUUAUAGCCAUGGUGUCCGACGGUGACUUUCUUGGUGAUCCUUGCGUCAAGACGCAGCAUUUGCUCGGCGCGUCCCGCUGGGAGCGAAUCUCCGAAACGGAAAUUGUUGGACAUCAUCAGUUGAGGGCCGCCCACCAGGUUUACACGGAGCCGGAUUUAAAGACGGUUAAACUACAGGGCCAUAGUCACGCUACCAACAAGCACUACUACACUAGAGUGGACGGAGUGUGGAAGUUUUCUGGUUUAGCUCCGUUGGUUAGGUGGAAUGAGCAUGAUUUUGAAAAGGUAUUCAAAGGGUCCUUUAAAGACUGA